UUGGAAAGUAACUCGAUGACUCUAACACAGACUGGUAUUCAAAAGCCGAGUGUUCAUGAAGCUUUAGAUCCAGUUUAUGCUGUUUCCAGAAGUAGACUACGACUCAGACCUCAUGAGGGGGCAAAAGGACAGUUUUUAACCGAACUUCAUACACAGUACCCACAUCCUGGAGUCGGUUCGUGCUUUGCUCUGCUCCGCGUCCCGUGAAGAGGUGCGACACCACCAGCGACAACAUGUAAAACUUUCCAGCCUGUCUUUUCUGCCAAAUACAAGACUUUAAAUAAGACCGAAACAAGCUGUUGGUAUUAUGGGGAAUAACUCUGCAAAAGAGCGACAUGGAUCUUCAGGCGCAGCUGCGGACACCUAUGAAACACCUCCCACUUCACCAUAUAGUGUAGUUUCUACCUGGUCACCCCAAACUCAGCUGGUGUCGAUUUCCAACUGCACAAACACAGGCACCCCUGAAACCUCCCAGGAUGCUCUCAGUCCACCACUCGCCUCCAGCGUUCAGAAUGAGCCGAUGUUGGACUGUAAAACAGGGCCUGCAAAAGAAGCCGAGGAGGGACCUAAUAUGACACAUGGACUUGAGAAAGUGUCUUAUGUCUCAGGUGUGUGUUUAAAUGGAAACACAGAAGUGGAUUCAAAACUUCUGCAAGAAUGCUUGAACACACUGCAGCUCAACAACAUUGAAGAAUCCACACACAUACUGAACGAUCUAUUACAGUGUUUUCUGGUAGAGAGGGAGAAGAUGAAGGAGGAACUGAGAAGUUGUAAGGAGAAGAUUCAGGCUGAACGCGAGGAGUGGCAGCAGUUUCAGGCCGACCUGAAAGUGGCGCUAGUUGUUUCAGACAGACUGAGAGCAGAAGCCGAGGAAGAGCUGAAUACUUUAAGAGCAGCAAGGCAGGACUUGGGCACACAGUUAGCUGGUGCCUUGCAGUGUCGUCGAGAAGUCGAAGGUCACUGGAGAGCCUCAGAAUAG